AUGGCGCCACCCAGCGGCGGCUCUGUCCUGGCGGCUCGGGGAGCGGGCAGCGGAGAGGCAGGCCGCAGGGCGGCGGCGCGGCGCGGCCUCCCUCACGCCGCGGCUCGGGCUCCUUUGUGCGGCGCGGCCGGGGCGAUGCUGUCGGGGGGCAAGAAGGGCGCGGAGGCGGCGGCGGGCGGCGAGGGCGGCCCUGAGGCUCCGGUGCCUCCGCCCGCCGCCGCGGGGGCCCCGGGCUCCUCUGCCGAGAGCGGCGGCGCUGCCGAGCGCACGCCCCGCAAGAAGGAGCCGCCGCGGGCCUCGCCCCCGGGCGCUCUGUCCGAGCCGCCGGCCGCUGGGGCCGGGCCUGCUCCCGGCGCCGAGACCACGGGUACCGCCGAGACCCCCGAGGGCCGCAGGACCAGCCGGCGCAAGCGGGCCAAGGGCAAGCAGGAGGACUUCAAGACGACAAUUCUGGAGGGUAUGGAGACGGCCAAGCAUCAGUUAUCACUGCGCCACGGGCGAUGCUCUUUAGCAGAUGUCAGGAGAAGCCCACUUGUUGUAUCCACCUGUGUGGAGGGUGCAGCUUUCCAGAGUAGACUUCCACAUGACCGCAUGACAUCUCAAGAAGCUGCCUGCUUCCCUGAUAUAAUCAGUGGGCCACAGCAGACCCAGAAGGUGUUUCUGUACAUCAGGAACCGCACGCUGCAGCUCUGGCUGGAUAACCCAAAGAUUCAGUUGACAUUUGAGGCAACUAUCCAACAAUUAGAAGCACCUUAUAAUAGUGAUACGGUGCUCGUGCACAGAGUACACAGCUACCUGGAGCGGCACGGGCUCAUCAACUUCGGGAUCUACAAGAGAGUGAAGCCCCUUCCAACCAAGAAGACUGGAAAGGUGAUCAUCAUCGGAUCUGGAGUCUCUGGGUUGGCAGCAGCUCGCCAGUUGCAGAGUUUUGGAAUGGAUGUCACAGUUCUGGAAGCCAGGGACCGAGUAGGAGGAAGAGUUGCGACCUUCCGCAAAGGGAACUAUGUUGCUGACCUCGGAGCAAUGGUGGUGACAGGACUUGGAGGAAAUCCCAUGGCUGUGGUCAGCAAACAAGUGAAUAUGGAAUUGGCUAAGAUCAAACAAAAAUGCCCACUUUAUGAAGCAAACGGACAAGCUGUUCCAAAAGAGAAAGAUGAAAUGGUGGAGCAAGAAUUUAAUCGUCUGCUGGAAGCCACAUCCUACCUGAGUCAUCAGCUGGAUUUUAAUGUUCUCAAUAAUAAGCCUGUCUCCCUAGGUCAGGCUCUGGAGGUUGUCAUACAGUUGCAGGAGAAGCACGUGAAGGAUGAGCAGAUUGAGCACUGGAAAAAAAUUGUGAAAACACAGGAGGAAUUGAAAGACCUUCUUAACAAGAUGGUGAAUUUAAAAGAGAAGAUUAAAGAACUUCAUCAGCAGUAUAAGGAAGCAUCAGAAGUGAAGCCACCUCGAGAUAUUACAGCAGAGUUCCUUGUGAAAAGCAAACACAGAGAUCUGACUGCACUUUGCAAGGAGUAUGAUGAAUUGGCAGAAACACAAGGAAAGCUGGAGGAGAAGUUACAAGAACUCGAAGCGAAUCCUCCAAGUGAUGUUUACCUGUCAUCAAGAGACAGGCAAAUACUCGACUGGCACUUUGCAAACCUAGAAUUUGCCAAUGCUACACCCCUGUCUACGCUUUCACUGAAGCACUGGGACCAGGAUGAUGACUUUGAGUUCACAGGCAGUCACUUGACUGUGAGGAAUGGCUAUUCCUGUGUGCCUGUAGCCUUAGCAGAAGGCUUGGAUAUUAAACUGAACACAGCAGUUCGCCAGGUUCGCUACACAGCAUCAGGGUGUGAAGUGAUAGCUGUAAAUACCCGAUCUACGAGCCAGACUUUCAUUUACAAAUGUGAUGCUGUGCUGUGUACUCUUCCCUUGGGAGUACUGAAGCAGCAGCCUCCAGCAGUACAGUUUGUGCCACCUCUUCCUGAGUGGAAAACUUCGGCAGUUCAGCGGAUGGGAUUUGGCAACCUUAACAAGGUUGUGUUGUGCUUUGAUCGUGUCUUCUGGGAUCCAAGCGUCAAUUUGUUUGGUCAUGUUGGUAGCACUACUGCAAGCAGAGGAGAACUUUUCCUGUUUUGGAACCUGUACAAAGCACCAAUUCUGUUGGCCUUGGUAGCAGGAGAAGCAGCAGGAAUCAUGGAGAACAUCAGCGAUGAUGUCAUUGUUGGACGGUGCCUUGCCAUCCUCAAAGGCAUCUUUGGGAGCAGCGCUGUGCCUCAGCCUAAGGAAACGGUGGUGUCCCGCUGGCGCGCUGACCCCUGGGCCCGGGGCUCCUACUCCUAUGUCGCAGCCGGGUCUUCUGGCAAUGACUAUGAUUUGAUGGCUCAGCCAAUUACUCCAGGCCCAGCCAUUCCAGGUGCUCCGCAGCCCAUUCCUCGCCUGUUUUUUGCGGGGGAGCACACGAUUCGCAACUACCCCGCCACCGUUCACGGGGCUCUGCUGAGCGGCCUCAGGGAAGCCGGGCGCAUCGCAGACCAGUUCCUGGGGGCCAUGUACACUUUGCCUCGCCAGCCUACGCCGGGGGUCCCCCCACAGCAAGCUGCCGGCAUGUAA